AUGCAAGCUGUAGUGUUCAAAGACACGCUGCAAGUAGCGCUGGAGAAGCGCCCAAUCCCCAAGAUCCAAGAACCAACAGAUGUUAUUGUCAAAGUACGCGAAAUCCAUGUGUUUCGCGGCCACCAGCCCUCAGGAACGGGGUUUAUCAUGGGCCAUGAAUUCACAGGCGAGAUAUCUGAGAUAGGACCCAAUAUCCAGAACUUUAACAAAGGCGGUCAUAUCGUUGCACCCUUCACCGUCAGUUGUGGGGCAUGCUUCUACUGCCGCCAGGGCGCCACCUCUCGCUGUGUUAGUUCCAAGCUCUUCGGCACGGCCGUGCUGGACGGUGGACAGGCUGAAUAUGUGCGCGUUCCACUGGCGGAUUCGACUUUAAUGCAUGCCCCCUCGGGAAUCGACGAGAAGAAGCUUGUCUUGAUGGCAGAUAUAUUCCCGACAGGAUAUUUUGCUGCCUCCAAUGCAUUUCACGAUCUGACAGAAACCACCAUCCAGAACAGCACAGUAUUGCUUUUUGGUUGCGGGCCUGUGGGCAUCUGCUCUCUGAUUAGUGCAUUAGCGUAUUGUCCUAAACAUCUGAUCGCUAUUGAUAGCGUUCCGUCUCGCCUCCAGCUGGCCGAGGAUCUCGGAGCGGAAUCAUGGAAUUUUCAGGAGGAUAAAGAAGGCCUUAGAAAGAGGGUGAAAGAGCUCACCGAUGGACGAGGGGCGGAUGUAGUCAUCGAGGUUGUUGGCCAUAGCAGCGCCUUGAGAAUGGGCUUCGACCUGCUGAGACCAUGGGGCCGAAUCUCGAGUGUGGGCGUGCACAAUGGCGAGAUUCCAUGGACGGCAAAUGAAGCGUACGGGAAGAAUUUGCAAAUCCAAAUGGGCAGAUGUCCCGUUCGAACCAUGUUCGAGGAUGCUCUGAAGCUGUUGGUUCAGAAACAGGAUUUGUUGAAUUUCAUGGUUACGGACAUUCGACCAUUAUCGCAGGCUGUUCAAAGUUAUGACGACUUUAAUCAGAUGAAGUCCCCGAAGAUCAUUUUUGAAGCUGGCAAAUAG